UUACAUCGUCGCCUCCUUUUGGUUUAUCGUACUUUUCUUCGGACUACCAAUAUGGUGGAAGACCACUACGAUAUACCGGGCAGAUCUGCCCCUGAGCCAGAUGAUGGACUGGGCUGACGGCAAGGUUAGAAUACUGUCUUACUAUCUUUUGAUAUAUGUCUCAUAGGUCUGUUGUUAACAUCUCCUUUAUCCAGGCUUGUAAUCCGGUAUUCCCUAUAAGAAUUGCUGUUGAUGCGCCGACGCUGCGAAACGACGAGACCGAGAACCUCGUACGCAUUACCCAACAAGCCUUGGACACUCCGACCGAUGACUUCAGGGGGCAUCGUUUGCAACUUGAAAUAUCAGAGCCGACCAACGUAGAUCGUGCUAACGCCAACGAUCUGGUACGUAAUCCGAACAUCGCUCUCACAAUACGACUAAACCCCGGCGACGUUGCUACAUCAUCAUUCGAUUCGCAAUUGCCCAUCCUCGACGUCACCUAUCCCCCGAACUCGAUACCAGCACCCGACUCUGCCACUUCCGGCUUUGCGACAUAUCUGGCAGCGCAGCUCCGAGAUGCCUUUUCUGAAGAGCGAGAUGUUUUGUCAUAUCUGGCAACAUCUUCGAUGCCCUUCGAGCAACGACCCCCGGGAUCCUCCCACGACUUGAGCGACUCCUUGUCAAAGCGAAUGACGAGAUCGCUAAAAUAUUCGCGGACUUAUCACCUUACGUUUUCGUUGUUUACGAGCGGACCAGCUCCGAGCAGCUGGGAUAUCGAAUCUGCCAUAGAUGAAUACAUGAAACCGAUACUGGACAUGCUCGGACCUAUCCAUAACUUCACCAUCGACACCCAGGUGCAGCUGUACGCUAACCCAGGUGUACAAUCGCAAAUGCUAAGCAAGGAAGACCUAUCCUCCUUUAUCAACGCCGCCGAAUGGCCCUUGUCGCCCUCUAUAGGGGGUGCGCCAACGGUCAACUUCGUCGUGUACAUCGGCAACCAAACUAUUGGCACCGCCUCGGAGACGGGCACGUCCCAGUCCUGGCUCAUCCCACAGUGGGGAUCCGUAUAUCUCCUGCCGCCCCCUUCUGCCGAUCACGUCUCUUCAGGAGUGUUAAAACAACCCAUCCUAACCUUUACUUCGCAUCUGCUGUCACUGCUUGGUACCCCGCAAUCGGGACCAUUGCCGAUGCGUCUCUCCACGCUAACCCGUAUUCGAUCCGCCGACUUGCUUCUUCGAGCCUCCUCAUCUCUAGGGUCAUUAGCUCGUCUCUCAUUGGCACUUCCGAGUAUAUCCAUUCCCUCUAGCGUCGCUGAUGGGGUGGCAAAAUCUAUGCAUCAUCUCGAGCUUGCGUGUUCCAAUCUUGGUGGACCCAGCGGGCUCGAAAACGCAUGUAUCGCCGACGUAGAAGCGGAGCGGGCCUUUUUUGAGAAGAGCAUGGUCGGCCAGCUCUAUUUCCCUGACGAGCAUAAGGUCGCCGUAUAUUUACCCCUUCUGGGCCCUGUCGGAGUACCGCUGGUUAUUGGCCUGCUGAAUCAGAUCAAGGCCUGGAAGAAGGCGAGAAAGGAGAAGGUCAAGGAAACAUAGGUGAGCGAGGUCGCGUUCGAAAUCAGAGUUCAUCAAAAUAAGGUACAGCGAGGACUUUUGCGACGAAUCAGCAUUUAUAUAUUAUCCUCGCUUCACGAUCGACGUGCAUACAUAGUAGUGAGCA